UUGUGGAGUAAAAUUAAAUAAAAACUGAUUUAGAAUCAAGGAAUAAAUGUCGCAAACUAAUAAACAUUUUAUUCAAAAGAUUCAUGGCAUAGUAGCUUUUCUGCAAUGCUGAACAGACCAUUAGGGACUACACAUGAAAAGAUAUGUGACACAAGUACAGAAGGAGAAGACUCAGAGGUAACAUCAACAGCAAAGUGUUUAUUCACAUGUAUUUCAGAGAAGCAGCAUGGUAAACCGGUGAGUAUAAAAUGCAAUGAAGAUAGAAAGCACUUAGCUUGAGUGUAAACAGUUUGUUGCAGGUGCUGACGGGUGUGCGGUGAAUGCUUAGUGAAGACUAGACCUGAAGACUGACUGAAGACAGGAACGUAUCCAAGAAAGUAGCAGGGAAUUUCAGAGAAGCAGCGUGGUAAACAGGUGCUGGCGGGUGUGUGGUGAAGGCUUAGUGAAGACUGGAACUGAAGACUGACUGAAGACAGAGGAGGAUCGCAUCAGAAAGCCUCAGUUAAUGGUGAAGAAAGAGCAACCCUCGUCUAUCUCUGAUGAUCUAAUGGCAGACCAAAGAAUGGACAUAACUUCCACGAUGAAUGAGUUCAUGUCUCCCAGUUCCACUGACCUGAUCAGCAGCUCAAUGGGAAUGCCGGGCAUGGACUACACCCGCAAGAGGAAGGGCAGCAUCACCGACUAUCAAAUUGAUGGAUUUUCAUUUGAAUCUGAGGCUUCAUGGAUGAGAUUCCUCAUCCCAAUCUCACAGCUCACACAAACCGCUGAGAGUGAAUGGGACAGUAUGGACAUAGACAAGGACAAACAACUUGGAAGGGUUGAUCAGCAGAUUAAGAAUGCAAGGGAGGCUCACAGUCAGAUAGAAAAGAGACGCAGAGACAAGAUGAACUGCUUUAUUGAUGAACUGGCUUCAUUAGUGCCUACCUGCAACGCCAUGUCCCGCAAGCUGGACAAACUCACGGUGCUGCGCAUGGCGGUCCAGCAUAUGAAAACACUUCGAGGUGCUGCAAACCCUUAUACUGAAGCUAACUACAAGCCAGCCUUUUUAUCCGAAGAUGAGCUGAAGCACUUAAUAUUAAGGGCUGCUGACGGUUUUCUGUUCGUUGUGGGCUGUGAUCGGGGAAAGAUCCUUUUUGUGUCAGAGUCUGUCAACAAAAUUUUAAAUUACAGUCAGAAUGACCUGAUUGGCCAGAGUUUGUUCGAUUAUUUGCAUCCUAAAGACAUUGCAAAAGUCAAAGAGCAGCUCUCAUCUUCUGACACAGCCCCACGCGAAAGACUCAUCGAUGCUAAAACUGGGCUGCCGGUCAGGACAGACAUUGCCCCUAGUCCCUCCAGACUGUGCUCGGGGUCCCGACGCUCCUUCUUCUGCAGAAUGAAGUGCAACAGGCCCCUUGUCAAAAUGGAAGACAAAGAUUUUCCCUCAACUUGCUCCAAAAAGAAAGCCGAUCGCAAGAGCUUCUGCACCAUCCACAGCACUGGCUAUCUGAAGAGCUGGCCGCCCACAAAGAUGGGCUUAGAUGAAGACAAUGAGCCUGAUAAUGAAGGCUGUACUCUCAGCUGCUUAGUGGCCAUUGGCCGAUUACAUCCUCAUAUUGUCCCACAACCCACUAAUGGAGACAUCCGGGUGAAGCCCACAGAGUAUGUCUCACGCCAUACCAUUGAUGGGAAGUUUGUCUUCGUGGACCAAAGGGCCACAGCCAUUCUAGCUUAUCUACCUCAAGAGCUGCUGGGCACGUCGUUCUAUGAGUAUUUCCAUCAGGAUGACAUCGGACAUCUUGCUGAAUGCCAUAGACAGGUGCUGCAGAUGAGAGAGAAGAUCAACACCAACUGUUACAAGUUCAAGAUUAAAGAUGGCUCUUUUAUAACUUUAAGAAGUCGCUGGUUCAGUUUCAUGAACCCUUGGACCAAAGAAGUAGAGUACAUUGUCUCGACUAAUACAGUCGUCUCAGGCAGUUCUCUUGAUGGAGCAGAGCCUGGUUAUCCUCAGCUCACUGCCUCCCCCCAGAGUAUGGACAGCGUCCUUACAGCUGGUGACAGCUCAGGGAAGACUGUCCCUGGAAUCCCUGGAGGCACAAGACCCGGAGCAGGAAAGAUCGGCCGCAUGAUCGCUGAGGAAGUGAUGGAGAUACAAAGGAUAAGAGGCUCAUCGCCCUCUAGUUGUGGCUCAAGUCCCCUCAACAUCACCAACAGCACACCCCCUCCUGACACAUCCUCGCCGGAGGGCAGGAAGAUUUCAAAUGGUGGAACUCCAGACAUUCCUUCAGCAGGGAUGGUGUCGGGCCAGGACAGCAUAGGAUAUCCUUACUCUAACAGCUCGAUUUUAAGUGAUAAUUCACACAUCGGUAUCGGUGACAUCAUGGAUGAGCCGGGCUCCAGCAGUGAUGAGGCUGCCAUGGCGAUCAUCAUGAGCCUGCUGGAGGCGGACGCAGGUCUGGGAGGUCCCGUGGACUUCAGUGACCUGCCCUGGCCACUGUGAGAGUCCUGAAGGAGACCGCCACCCAUCAUGUGUACGAUCCAUCUCAACCGCGUUCAAACCAGCUAUGACCCUGACAAUCUUUUUUGGUGACAUUGCAUUUGUUUUUGUCACGGUGCCUCAGGUAGCUCCACCCACAGCAAAAUCGUAUUGGUCCACAACCUCAUUCCACAGCUGUAUGUUCAAAUGUGCCAAAAGUAGACUGUAAAAAAAGAUGGACGACACAUCUCCACUUUCUUCUACUAUAGAAAAGUGACGGCAAAAAAUCCCAUUAUGGCCACUGUCAUCUUGCAAAAAUGACGUCAUUCUGAGACUGAUUUUGCACAGUAGUGAUUCGUUUGGAGCCCGUGUUUGCACAGUACUGAUCGUGAGGUGGAGCUGUGGUAUCAGAGUUCCUCGCAAAUUCCCCUGGACCCAAUCGCAAGCUCACACUCCCGUUUUUAACGAACCAUCAAAUAACGAACUAAAAGCAAGCUAAAUAGAAAAAUGAACACUUGAACAUACGUCGUAUGAUUAAAAACUACCUGAAAUGAUGGAAACCAUCUUGGGGAAAAGUUUAUUUUGUGUAAUUAGAUUAUUUUUUAAGUUUGGCUUAAGUCCCAUUCGUUUACAUUGAGUGGGCGGGGUUUAUGACCUCUACUGCAGCCAGCCGCCAGAUGGCGAUCGAAAUGUUUUGGCUUAACUUUUCAGGACGUGUGCGGCACACUUGGUGUCAAAUAGGUGAUACUGUCAUUAUUUCACUUUCAUUGAGGACAAAAAUUGGUUUAUAGCACCUGGUUGGGACACAAUCUUCAAUCUUCUUGCAACACACCAUUAUCAGUGCUGGUACGGUACCUAAGGAUAUUGUUUCAGUCUACAGAAUGGAGCACUUAAUGCCAAACAACUAAAUGCGACAAAUCCUGUUGGGCUUACCGAUUUUUUUUUAUAUCCACCUCAGCAUUUCUGAUUUUUUUUUGUGUAUUUCUGCAUAUUUGCUCACUAAUCAAAUUUUGGUGAUCCAUGUGAAUUGUAGCCUCAGCCUCAGGCCACAAACAAUGACUUGAUUUAGACAUUAUAUUCUCCGCAAGCAUAAAAUGUGCAUAUUUUUUUUUUCAUUGAGAUCUGCUUUUAAACUGAAUACCAAGUAUUCCUAAACUUGAUUGCUAUGUAAAAUGGCUCUAGCUUAUUGUAUUGCAAUGCAUGUUGUUUCUCAAAUCCUCUGCAUCUAUUCUGUAACUGGAACUAUUUUUAUCCCAUGUGUUACACGAUCAUAACAGUUUCAAUUAUAAUCUUUCCCAUCAGCGAAACACCAAAAGCAACCAAAAAUUAAACUUCAUGUCAAGCGCUGUACAUUAUAUAUCUUUAUUAAUACAAUGAUUUUCAAGCGCUUGAACAGACAGAUCUUGAGCAGAUAAAUUAAUGUCGAUCCAAAAAAAACCACGGCAUUCGUUCACCAGGCAAAUGGACCUCCUGAGGACACACAGGAGUUUUGAGGAGAUCAAGAGGAGAGCUUUCCAAAAGAAAAAGUGGCAACAACCCAAAUGCAUCAAAUGAAAAGAACAUCAAAAUUAUAAUAAACUCAUUGCAGUAAUAAUAUAGUAAAAUGGAAAAGAACAAUAGUAAUAAUAGUUAUAAUCAUAUAAUAGGCCCAAUUACAAAAUAAGUGAGGUUGCAAACUUCAUUUCAAACAAACAAAAAUAGAUUUCCUUUGGUCAAGUAAAAAAAA